GUAACAUGCACAUGAUUGUGUUGCUUGUCUGUGCGAUGAUUCAAGUUGUUGCUAGCAACAGCAAUCAAGGUGGAAAUGAUUCAACUGGAAGUUGCAUUGGGAUGAAGGGUGACAAGGGCGACUAUGGCCAUCCAGGAAUGCGUGGAUUACGAGGUUACAAAGGCGACCUGGGACCAUCUGGUCCUAAAGGUGACAGUGGAGCAGCUGGUCCUCCUGGCCUUCCUGGAAUUCGGGGUGAAAGUGGAGCAGCUGGUUCUCGUGGCGUUCCUGGAAUUCAGGGGGCGUCUGGCCCAGUCGGCCCAAUUGGACCAAAAGGAGGAAACGGUGACAAGGGACAGAAAGGAAGCAUUGGCCCAAGAGGUAUUGAAGGAGCCGACGGAGAAAACGGAGUACCCGGGCACCCAGGUCCAGUUGGACCACGGGGAUUCACAGGAGAAAAAGGACAAAAAGGAAUACCAGGAAUGACAGGCCAAAGGGGUACCCAAGGAGUUCCGGGAGCACCGAUAGACCAAGAAACAUUAGACACCUACUUCAAUCCUGUCAAAGCUUUGCAGAUAGAGGUAUCUAACAUGAACCGCACACUGCAAUCUUUGCUCAACAAACCGACAUCCGAUUCAGCGGUCAGCGAUCAACCCGCUGCUCAUUUACACGGAAAUGGAAAUGGUGGCACCUAUCACUCAGAAACUGUUAUUACGGAUUGGUAUACCGGUAGUGGUCAGUGGCACUCUCCUAUUCUGAGAAGUGGAAUGACAUACAGCAACGGAUACAUCACCGUACCUAAAGACGGACUCUACUAUAUUUACGCACAGAUGCAGUUGGAUCCACAGUCUCAACAACCGUGGUCAGGAUUCUACAUCUACGUAAACAGCAAAGCUAUUAACUUAGUAAAGCAGUAUUAUCCGUCUCCUACUGGUCAUCAGCUGCGCACUCGUUAUUCUGGCUUGCUGAAAAUGCUCAGAAAGGGAGACAGGCUGCAUACAGAGUUCUACCGAAGAGUUUAUGCCUACAUGAUCCCGCAGGAGACUCUCUUUGGAGCUUUUCGUGUUGCCUAACUUAUGUCACGACUCUAAACAAUUUAGCGGUGAUACUGUGUUUUCAAACCGCUUUAGUAGUUCAUUUCGGCUGUUGUUUACAUGUUCGUUUCAUCGUUUGUUUCUAAACUUUGAUAGAGUAAGUUGAUAGCUAAACAACUACGCGUUUAGACUGCAUGUAUUUGCAGAACUGAUCAAGUCUUUCAGCAUGUGUCUUUACUGAUUGCCGUACACUAGCUAGGUUGUAUUUCCGUUGGAGUUCCCCUUUAACGAAUCUCGAAUUUAUAAAAUUUGGUAACAAGAUCUGUUACAAGUAUAAUCUUACUUUCUUUUAA